UUAAUAAUAUUUGUAAUCAAAUCAAAUUGUUGUUGUUGUUGUUGUUGUUCAAUAUUUUUUUCACGUAUCGAAUUUGAUAAUUUUGGCCUGAUCUCUUAUUGGUUUUCCAUACGGAGGUUCACAUCAAUCAAAAAAGAAAUAGAAAAAAAAAGAAAGAACUUAUCAUAUUCAAUAUAGUUUUGUUGUUCAUCAUCUGAUCAUAGGAUUCUCCAUCAUCAUCAUCAUCGUAUAUUAUCACUGGGUAAAGAUUAAUCUACGAAUUUUGUAUGGAAAAAAGAAAAUAGAAAAUGAAGACAAGUCAAAAUGAUGAAAAACAGCAACAAUGUUGUUAUGAAACAACGACAAUAUCCACAUCUAACAAAUCAGCCAUCAAUUGCAAUAAUGAUGAUUCGACUAUUGAAUUAGAACCAUUUAUUCAUCAAGUUGGUGGUCGCAGUACAAUACUUGUAUUAGGCAAAUAUAUCUGUAAACCAAUCAAUGAUCGUGAAUUAUUGUUCUAUGAAAGUAUUGAUAAUUAUGCAUCAACAUUAAAACCCUUUAUACCACAAUAUCAUGGUACAAUAUCGGUAAAUUUUGAAGAAAGUAAUGAUGGCUAUAUGAUUAUUACAACAAAUGCUCGUUUGCUUGAAGUUUCGUUAUCGUCAUCAUCAUCAUCAUUAUUAUCAUCAUCAUCAUCAUCAGAAUUAUCAAGCAAUAAUAUAAAGAAAAACAAUUUAAAUGAAAAAUCAUUAUCAUCCGAUUCUCCUUAUCAAAAAUUUGUGACCAAAUAUCGUAUCAAAUUAGUUCGACCAAUCAAAGAGAUAAUAAUUGAAAGUCAUGAACAACAAGAUUUCGAAUAUAAUCAUCAACAGCAUAUUCUAUCAAAUUUAGAAUCGGCAAAUAAUCAAUUGAAUUCGAUUCUACGGAAUAAAGAAAGUACAAAAAUCAAUGAUUCCAAUUCACCAAAUCAAAGUUCAUCGCCAUCAUCAGCCGGUACAACAACAACAACAGCAGCAGCAGCGGUAACAACAACAACAAAUCUAAAUCGUUCGCGUUCGACAUCGAUUUCAAUACCAAAUUUUGAAGAUGGUAAUUUUAAUGAUUGUAAUGAUCUAUCAACAUUAUUUGAUAAUCAAUUCUUCAUCAAUGAAGUGGGACAAAAUGGUUUUAGCGGUAGCAGUAAUAAUUGUUGUAGCAAUAAACGUAAAAUACAAUCAUCACCCGAUAGAUAUAAACAUUCGAUAGAUGGUCAUCCGAAUCAGAAUUCUCAACAAACAAUGGAUAAUAAUAAUUCAUCGUCAACGAUAGCUAGCUCUCGAUCAAUUAGUUAUACUAAUCUAUCAACAACAAAACAUAAUCCAUGGGUUUUGAAAACUUUUUCCGUACUAAGUGAAUUCAAUGAAUCGAUGAAAGAACAAAAAUUUAUAUUGUUGGAAAAUCUAACAUCUGAUUUUGAAUAUCCAUGCAUAAUGGAUUUGAAAAUGGGCACACGUUUACAUGAUGAUCUUGCAACACAAACAAAAAUCCAAAGUCAUGAAUCCAAAGUUAAUGAAACUACUUCAAGGGCACUUGGUUUACGUGUUACUGGGAUUCAGAUCUAUGAUAAAGAAUUGGAUAAAUUCAUCUGUUAUAAUAAAUAUUAUGGCCGUAAAUUAACACCCGAAACAUUUCGUUCAACAUUGAAAAUGUUUGUUUCAAAUGAAAAUUUUUACAAUCAUCAUAGAUUAUUAGAUAAAAUGAUUGAACGAUUACAAAAACUUCGUACAAUUAUUGUUGGAUUGGAUAGUUUUCGUUUCUAUACAAGUUCAUUAUUAUUGAUUUAUGAAGGAAAUAUAUGCCAAUGUAAUAAUGAUGGUGAUCAUAAUAAUGAUGAUGAUUGUUGUUGUUGUUGUAAUCAAGAUCCCGAUAAACCAAUGUUCGAUGUUCGUCUUAUUGAUUUUGCACAUUCUACACAUGCCAAUCUUUGUUAUAAUAAUGAUAAUAAUACUCAUUUAUCAUCACCAAAUAAAUCAUCAAUGAUUCAACAUCGAGGCUAUGAUGAAGGAUUUGUUUAUGGUCUUGAUAAUCUUAUUAAAAUUUUAUCAUUAUUUCGUAAAGAAUAUAAUAAUGAUGAACAGAAUUUAAAAUGAAUAAAAAAUUAUUAUCAAUU